UAUGCUGGUAAAAUUCGAGACUUAUUGAUAUUAGCUGUUAAAUUUGAUCGAAAGUUAGUUCGAUUGAGUUGAGUCAUCGAGUCGAAGUAGUCAUAGAAACGCGCCGCGCGUGUGACGUUCGAUCUCAACUCGAAGUGGAAAAGUGAUCGUCCUUUUUGAUUCCUCUUCAUUUCUAACGUGAUUAUACACCUAGACAUUAGAAAAAUUUCUCUUUCGAUAGCUAAUUAUAUCUAAGUAAAAAUGGAACGAAAUUAUCAAAAAGUUGGCAUGGGUGUUGGAGCUUUUCAUAAUCCACCAAGAGGAAAAUACAGCGAGGAAACGAAGAACUUAAUUAAACUUUUGAUGGAAGAAUCGAAAGUAGGCAUGAGUCAAAGGAAAGUUAUUCAAGAUGCUGUUAAUAAAGGUGAAUCUCUUCCACCAUCUCGAAAAUCUAAUAUUGGGAAUAAGCAAAAAUCGAAGGAACCUCAGGUAAUGUUUCCCAGUCUUUGGAAAAAACGCUCUCAGAAUAUGAUCCUUAAUAGUGGUGCUUAUGAAAGGGAACAAUAUCGACGAACUGCACCCUUACCUAACAAGGAAAAACAAAAACGUCAGUUAGCUUGUUUAAUGGCUUAUGGAAAGGAAAUGCCCGAAACUCCACGCGGGCCGAAAAUUCUUCACAAAGCAAGAAGGGAACCUAAAUUGAACAAAGAAGAUCCCUUUGAAUAUAUUAUCAAGGGAAUACGCGAAAGAAUGGAAUUUUUGAAUGAUAUGGAAUGCCUUGGAAUGGGUAAAAAGUAUCGAUCCAUUAUACAACAGGAGAUAGCUCAAAAGUUUCGAUUAAUGGAAUCCAUUGAUAAGGAGAGAUCUACGGAAAUUCGAAAAGAAUUACAAAAAUUUAAAGAGCAACGACCACCACCAAAACCAUUCCCUUUGGGUGAUUUAGAUGAAAAUUGA